AUGCAAACCAAACAAAUGUCGAAUAGAGAGCUGGACCAGCAAGAACGGGCGCUGGCCCGAACUUUGCUCAUAGAAUUGCUGGCAUACCAGUUUGCCUUUCCAGUGCGUUGGAUUGAAACUCAAGAUCACUUCUUGACGCAGCGCAAUGGGGUGGAGCGAUACAUCGAAGUUGGACCUGCAAAGGUCCUAUCCGCGAUGGGAAGAAAGACGGCAAGCAAGAAGUAUCAGCUGCAGGAUCAGCUUCGCUUGCUACGACGCCAGUUUCUGUCGUAUUCGGACGACUACGAAGAUAUUUGCUAUCAGUCUGAAGAGCCUCAGUUGCCUGCCCCGGUCAAAACACCAAACCCUGAGACAAUACCUACCGCUACCCCAGUGGUAACUAAUAGCCCCGAGGCUGAGCCUUUGGUGGCCCCGUCGCUCGUGGUGGUUCCCGUGGAGGACAAACUCCUCAGUGCCUUGGACAUUGUCAUCGCAUUGACAGCACAGAAAUUGAAGCGGCCGUUUGAUGAGGUUCCGACAGAGAAAUCAAUUCGUGAUUUAUCGGGAGGCAAAUCCACAUUGCAAAACGAACUCGUUGGAGACUUGAUGGCCGAGUUUGGUGGUACCCCGGAUGGCUGUGAGGAUCUUCCUCUGAGUGCCGUAGGGGCCGCCUUGCAAUCCAACUUCGCAGGACAUCCAGCGAAGGUCAUGUCUGGCCUGAUAUCCAAAUUAUUCUCGUCCAGAUUGCCCGCGGGGUGGAACCAGGCCGCUGCUGGUGCUCAUCUCGAGGAGCACUGGGCGCUGGGCCCACAACGUCAAACAGCCGUCUUGUGUUUUGCGGUGACUUUAGAUCCGGGCGUGCGACUGGAAAAUGCGCAACAGGCCCGAGAUUUCAUGGACAGCAUCGUCAACCGUUAUAGCAAAUACAAUGGAAUCACCCUUAGUUCCGCAAUCAACCGAACGGAAUUUUCCGACGCCAAUCCCAAUGCGAUGGUCGACAGCAAAGCGGUCGAGGGUGUGCGACAGGAGCAGCAGGGUUCAUUCCAGCUUCUUUACCAGGCUCUGGGGCGAAUCACCAAGUCAGAUACGGGUGAUCUGAUAGGAAAGGUGGCUGAGAACAAGGAGCGCUGGGAAGCAGCAGAACGGCAACUGGAACUCUGGCAAGCCGAACUGGGAGAAGAGUACUUGACGGGGAUAUCGCCCAAGUUCGACCCACUUCGAGCCCGCGUGUACGAUUCUUGGUGGAGCUGGGCGCGAGUGGACACUGCAGCAUUGCUAUUGGAAUCUUCUGCGCCGACUGAACAUCAGGAUGCAUUAUCCAUGGAAAUCCGUCUGCAGCGAAUUUUGAAUCGAUCUGAUGCGAGUUGCUUAGACAUCGUCAGUUACAACACGUCCAUGUUGAUAGACACGCUGGAUAACCAUCCGAAGAGUGCCUACCUCGAGUCAUGUCUCCAAAGCUGGCAAGAUACAGUUCAUAAAAAGCCCAUUUUCCAGCACAGAGCUUUGCCCUUGGGUCCAAAAACGUCGGUGACAUCCAACGGUAUCGUGGAGUAUCAAGAAGUCCAGAGAACCGUAUCUGGGAGGCCAGACACUUAUUGUGCCCUGAUGAAACGCGGCAGUCGCUUCGAAGCUUCCGAUCGAACAAAACCCCCUUUCAUUCAUUUGCGCCGCCAGGAAGGCGUUCACUUCACAUACAAAGAGGAUCUCACUUUAUUAUUCCUCGAUGUGUUGGAGGCAGCGACAUCUCGCGGUUUGAGCUUUGCCGGUAAGACGGUGCUGGUCACCGGAGCGGGUGCGCGGUCGAUCGGUGCAGAGAUCGUCCAGGGCUUGCUGGCCGGAGGAGCGAGGGUCAUUGUCACAACAACUCGAUCCAACUCUGAAUUCUAUCGGUCCAUGUAUCGAGAACAUUGCGGUCGCGGCUCAGAGCUCAUUGUCUUCACGUUCAAUCAGGCCAGCAAGCAGGACACCAAUGCACUCAUUUCCCACCUGUACACUGAGAUACUAAGUCGCGAGAACGAUAUUGACUGUGUGAUUCCGUUCGCGGCUAUCCCGGAGAACGGUCGGGAAAUCGACGGGCUUGAUGGUGUAUCUGAAGUGGCUCAGCGGGCCAUGCUGGUCAACCUCCUGCGCUUGCUGGGCUGCAUCAAGCAGCAAAAGGCCAGUCGUGGAUAUGUCGCCAAUCCUACCCAUGUGAUUCUUCCUCUGUCGCCAAACCAUGGCACCUUUGGUGGAGAUGGUCUCUAUUCCGAGUCAAAGAUUGGGCUGGAAACCCUCUUCAACCGAUCUCAAUCAGAGAGUUGGUCCGAUUAUUUGACCAUCUGCGGUGCAGUCAUCGGCUGGACUCGUGGUACGGGCCUCAUGAGCGCUAACAACAUCGUCGCGGACGCAAUUGAGAUUCACGAUGUGGUGACUUUCUCGCAGUCCGAGAUGGCUCUUAAUAUUCUGGCGCUCAUGGCGCCUGAAAUCAUCCAGCUGUGCGAGGAUGCUCCCAUAUACGCGGAUAUCAGCGGUGGUAUGCAACAGCUGCAGGGAUUGAAGGAACUUUCUUCAAAGGCGCGCCGAGAAAUCCAGACACGGUCUCGGACGGCAAAAGCCAUCGCGGCAGAAGACGAGCGGCAAGAAUCUCUUCUGUUUGGAUCCAUCCCUACGGACGGCCCGCCUCCUCAGCAACGAUUGGCAAAUCUCCACGUCGGUCAUCCCGAGCUGCCUGAGUACGAGACCGUUACCGCGGGCACUCAGGUACCGGGUGAGCUAAUUGACUUGAAAAAGACAAUUGUCGUGGUUGGCUACUCGGAGCUGGGACCAUGGGGAAGCGCCCGUACACGAUGGGAGAUGGAGAAUGCUCAUGAAUUCAGUCUCGAAGGCUAUAUCGAGAUGGCGUGGAUCAUGGGGCUCGUGAAGCAUGUCGACGGAAAUGUCAAGGGUGCACCGUAUGUGGGUUGGGUGGACGCAAAGUCGGGGGAGCCCAUCCACGACGCCGACUUCAAGGAACGGUAUGGGUCGCACAUUAAAGACCAUGCCGGCAUCCGCUUUGUCGAGCCGGAACUUUUCGAUGGGUACGAUCCAGCCAAAAAGGAGUUCUUGCAGGAAGUGGUUGUGGAGGAUGAUCUUCCCGUCUUCCAGGCCGCUGAGUCUGUCGCCCAGGCCUUCAAGCUCAAGCAUGGCGACAAAGUUAUCAUCUCCCCAUCAGCCAAGGGCGGAGACGACUUCGACAUUCAUUUCAAGGCCGGAGCUUCCUUCUUGAUCCCCAGAUCCGAGCCCUUUGAUCGGCUGGUAGCCGGACAGUUGCCCACCGGUUGGGAUCCCAAGCACUACGGCAUUCCCGACGAUAUCAUCUCCCAGGUUGACCCGAUCACGGUCUAUGUGCUGUGCUGCGUUUCGCAGGCCAUGUUAAGCGCUGGGAUCAAGGACCCUUAUGAGCUCUACCGCCAUGUACAUGUUUCCGAGGUUGCCAAUUGUAUUGGCACUGGUGCAGGCGGCCUCCUGGCCAUGAGAGGUGUCUAUAGGGACCGCUACCUGGAUCGCAACGUCCAAAGCGAUAUCCUUCAAGAAUCAUUCGCUAAUGCCAUGGAUGCGUGGGCCAACAUGCUUCUCCUUGGGGCGGCUGGGCCCAUCAAGUCACCAUCGGGCACCUGUGCGACCGCGUUUGAAUCGCUGGAUAUUGCUUGCGAAACACUCCAGUGCGGCAAAUCCCAGGUGGCGCUUGUGGGCGGAACAGAUGAUUUGCAAGAAGAGAUGUCCUACGAGUUUGCAAAUAUGAAGGCCACCGCCAAUACUGUUGAGGAGCUUUCUCGUGGACGGGCUCCCGGCGAGAUAUCCAGGCCUACGGCAAGCUCCCGGGCUGGUUUUGUGGAGUCGGCGGGAUGCGGCGUUCAGGUGCUGAUGACCGCGGAACUUGCUCUUGAUAUGGGGGUCCCAAUCUACGGAAUCAUUGCUCACUCCCAGAUGGCCGGCGACAAAGUCGGUCGAUCAGUGCCUGCCCCCGGCAAAGGUGUCAUGACGGCUGCAAGGGAGUCGAUCUCGGCGCAAAUCUCGCCACUCCUGGAUUCCAGAUUCCGCCAGACGCAAUUCGACGAGUGUGCGAUUCAGAUUCAGCACUGGAAGCAUUCACAGCUAGAACGUGCCAGUCAAAGCGGACAAUUCUUACCAGGGCUGGUCGAUGUCAUCGAGAAUGCCACUGCCGAACGCCUUCGUGAAGCGCGCAAUCUCUGGGGAUUGGACCUGCGGCGGCAGAACAAUGGAAUCUCUCCCAUCCGUGCGGCGUUAGCAGUCUGGGGUCUUGACAUUGAUGACAUUGGCGUUGUGUCUUUUCAUGGCACUUCGACCAAGGCAAACGACAAGAACGAGUCCGAGGUCAUCAACACCAUGAUGGAGCACCUGGGACGCUCCAAGGGGAAUCCCCUUCUCGUAGUGUGCCAGAAGCAUUUGACAGGUCAUCCCAAAGGUGCAGCGGGCGCCUGGAUGCUCAAUGGCGGGCUACAGAUCCUACAAUCAGGAGUCGUGCCCGGUAACAAGAAUGCCGACAACGUGGACUUGGCGCUGAGGCAGUUUGAGCAUCUGAUCUAUCCGUCCGAGGCCAUUGCCACCGCCGGUGUAAAAGCAAUCAUGUUGACCUCGUUUGGAUUUGGACAGAAGAGCGGUUUGGUGGUGGGCUUGGCCCCUCGGUAUGUCUUUGCCGCGAUUGACCGGCCUCGGUAUGAAGCGUAUCGCGUCAAGUGCGCCAUUCGCGUGGCGACCACCAAUCGCGCAUUCAUCGAGGGCCUAUCUACCAAUUCUCUCUUCAACGCCAAGACGACAUCAGCCUGGUCAUCCGAGGACGAAGCUCGGGUGUUCCUAGAUCCAUUCGCGCGAGUGUCUCGCGUCGGGGAUAACUACGCCUUCGAUGCGAACAAUUUGCAUUCCAGCGACUCUGCCUCGGCAUCUGACACCAGUUCGGGCAGGACAGGAGUCACAACUCCAUCGACGCCCAGCGUGGAGGGGCUGGUGGACGGAUGUCAGAAGUGGGUGGAGCAGGCGGUUUUGACAGAGGGUGCAUCACAUGUUGGGGUGGAUGUCGAGCCAUUGACUGCGAUUAAUAUCGGCAACGACGUGUUUCUGGAACGUAACUACACGGCCAGUGAGCAGCAAUACUGUCGCAGCGCGCCCGACCCCCGACAGUCAUUCGCGGGAAGGUGGGCGGCCAAGGAGGCGGUGUUCAAGAGUCUACAGUUGCCAUCCAAGGGGGCGGGUGCCCCUCUGAAAGAUAUCGAGAUCCUGAGUUCUGGUGGCAUUCCUACGGUCCAUUUACAUGGAGACGUGCGUCAGUUGGCGGAGGAGAAGGGAACGCGUGGGGUCCAAUUGAGCAUCAGCCAUACGGACGAAAUGGCCAUUGCAGUUGCCGUGGCAAGUGUGGGGGGAGGCCAUUCAAUAGAGGUAUAG